AUGACGAAUAUAUUGUUUGGAGUCACUGGAACGUCUGGACUUGAGUCGCACCGCCUGCGAGCGCUGCCCACCGGCGGCUUCAUGCACACGCCCAGACUGAAGCAGCUCACGUUCUUCGCCAACCCCCUGCAGGAGAUAGCGCCUGACGCCUUCACUGGACUCCAGUCGCUGGAGAAGCUGAUAUUAUUCGACAACCGCGCCGACCUCAAGCUCAGUCCCCGAGCACUCGCCAACCUUCCGGCGCUGGUGAGCGUCCGCCUCACCAAGUGCAGGAUCUACCAGCUGUCCCCCGACACCUUCCACAACUCCUCCUCCAUCACGAGCCUCCAACUCGGCGGGAACAGCAUCAGCGACCUGCCCGCCGGACUGUUCAGGGACCAAUCCAAACUGGAGUCCCUGCUGCUGAAUGAUAAUAAGAUCAAGUCACUGAGGUCCGACGUGUUCUGGCCUCUGAAGCAGUUGAAAGAGUUGAGUUUGGAUAAGAAUCUCAUUGAAGUUCUCCCGGGACAACUGUUCUCGGGACUGACGCGACUGAAAUCAAUCAGAAUGACGAGCAACAGACUGACACAGAUAGCCCCCGACGCGUUCAUAGACGCGGUCGCCCUGGAGGUCGUGCACCUCGCCAACAACUCGCUCACCAUGCGACCCCCGGGGCUGGAACCCGGCCACAACGUCUCCACCUACGAGGAGUUCGAGCAGCAGUCGCCGUUCAGUUCGCUGCUGCAGUUGAAGGAACUGGAUCUGAGCAGGAACGCCAUCUCGAUCAUAUUCAGCGACUGGAGGUUCGUGCUGCUCAAUCUGAAGAAGCUGAACUUGGCCUGGAAUCGCAUCCGAGAACUGACCGAGAAGUUCAACAAGCCCUAG